AUGCAGGCCAUCCUGAUUGCUCUCCUUGCCCUCUCGGCUGCUGAGGCUACGAACGGCAACUGCCCGCCGUUCACGCCGCAGAAUUUGGCGACGGUGUAUGCUCCCGCCCAUGACGACCUGACUUGCGCCCGCGGAUUCUGUCGCUACAUCACUACGUAUUUGGGAAGCAGCAACGCCUGCAUUGAUCGCGCCGAAAUCUGCCCGGAACUGACCAGCCUUCUGGAUCCAUCCACCGUCGUCGGGCCCGCCGACAACAACCUGGAAUGCCCGGCUACGACCCGCUGCGUCGGCGGCCAGACCACCAACGGCUUCACCGGAAAUUUCUGCGUCAAGCUC